GUCCACAUGCACAUGGGCAGAGACAAUUAAGGGCGAAUUGGACGUUUUAAAGCAUUACCAACCCCCACCUUUAUAGGCACACAUCCUGAGCUAGAGGCUUAGCCUCAAUAAAUCAACAUAGUGUCCAAGAGGGAGCCAGGAACAGAAACUGUCGAUUUGGAUAAUAGAAACUGAACACCUUGUAAGAAGCAAUCUCUGGAAACGGUAUGAAUGGAGUGAAAGAACUGCGAUCCUAGAAGAGCCUGGUAAAUCAGAUGGAGGCAGAGCGGGGAUACCUGAUAAGGGCCAGAGGAGCACAGAUAACUGAAAGAGUUUGUACGCGAGAAGAGAAGAAGAGGAGGAGGACGUCUGGGCAGGUUGAAGACGGUGCCAGAGACCAGCAAAGAUACCCUAGCUUGUCAUCAGCAUCCAGCAGCUGUUAUGAUGACCGCAGCUCUGCAGCCAGCGGCCUGGACGUGGCCGACCGGCUCACAUACCUGGAGCAAAGGAUGCAGAUGCAGGAGGAUGAGAUCCAGCUGCUGAAGCUGGCGCUGGCUGAUGUUCUCAAGAGGCUCAACAUUUCUGAGGAGCACCAGGCGGCAGCUACCGCAGCUGGAGGAAGGAGAACACCAGGAGCAAAAGCCAGGCCUGUCUCCCUGGCUCUGCCCACCAGGACCCCCAUGGUGUCAUCCAGUGCUCCAACCCUCAAAAAGAGCUCAACAGUGCCCUCCAGUGCCACAGCCAGGAACUACAGCCCUACGCCACCUCUAGGUGGUGUAAGGAGCCCACCAGGUAGUGUGAAGGACAGUCCAUGCAAAACCACAAAAAAGGGGCCAACGGCUGCAGCCCCAGUCUGCAAGAAAGCUCCCGAAGGGAGCAACAAGUCCAGCGAGCCCACUGUAAGCGUAGGAACAAGGCGGGUGACUCACUGCAAAGUGACUAUGCAGAUCUAUCUGAGCCCCCUCGCAAGAAAGACUGGGUCUUCUGAGGAGGCCAAGUCAGUGUCUGCAAUGCCUGCCCACAGUGGGCCGGGGACCGGCCCUGGGCCCCCUUCAACCAAGAGGAGCAUCCAGCCUCAGAUAAAGAAAUCAACCCCGUCCUUCACCUUGAACCUGCAGAAAACCGUAACCAGCCAGAGCUCAGAGCAGGAGACAUCCAGCUACAUCAGCCCAGUCAAGUCACCCAGCCAGUAUUUUCAGAUAUGUUACUGACCCAAGCUGACAUUCCGAACUGAUAUUGAAAGGUUUUUAUUAACCUUAAAAAAUAUCCAGUUUUCCUGAAAUGUAAGCAUUUUUAUGGAUAUUUGCCUGUUACUGAGAUAAAAAAAAAACACCAAAUAACUUAAAAUUGCAUAUCUGUGGUUAAUUCGUCUGACUACAUCAAAUGUUGUGCUUUAGGUUCAUUCAUUUUGAGAAUAGCAAAGGUUUUUUUUUAUUGCAUUUUUAUUUUUAUUGCAGGCUAGUUUUAUUGGUCAGGUGGUCAAACCUGUUCAUUGUUUUCCUGGACUCCCGCCUUCUCCUUUAUAGCUCUGAAAACAAUAAUUUGUUCAGACAGUGUAAUGUCAGGGAGACUGACUCAUCUGUGUGCUCUGAUGUCUUUUGUGUAUUUGAUGUUUGAUGAUAGUUUCCACCCCACCUCCGUAUGUCUGUUCUCAUACAGGAGAGACAAUAAAAAGCUAUGAUCUCUAAAUAAAGCGUCUUGCAGAGAGCUUGAUGAA